CUCUCCCUCCCCCUCCCCCCCCAGCCAGCAGUGUCUUCUAUGUGUGAGCUGGGCUCCACUGAGUUCCGUGGCCCCUAGUGGUGGCUAGCAGCACAGCAGCCCAUUUCGAGCGGAGUGGGGAAGGAAAUUUUUCAUACACAAUGUUAAUUUCUGCAAAAUUCUGCAUUGCACAGUGGUGCAGAAUUCCCGCAGGUGUAGCUCAUUCAAUCCCGGCUUUUCUGACAGGUUAAUGCUGUCACUUCCAUUGGCCAGUAUUGCUCCACAGCUGCGUGUGUUUAAACCCAGAAAGGAGCAUUCUCUCUAAUCUUCUCAGCACUGCAAUUACAUGCUCUCCUACAACUCAUGGGGCUGUCCUGGUUCAGACACUCGCUUCUGGGACAGAGAGAAUACCUCUUGCUGUCUCACCUUUUUACCACCAGCCUUAUUAGGCAGGAUAGUAGGUGAAUUUCUGGGGUUUGUUUCUGAUACUUCAAGGGCCAUCAGGGUAGUUCUUCUUUCAGUAGUUUCCCUAUGGGUCCUGUGCAUCAGGUGUGCAUGCACUGCUUGAGCCCUUGAUUGGAGCGUUCUAGUUAGCAGUGCCCAUUCAGCGCACACGUGCACUGUGCCUCCUCAUGGCAGACACCGAGGUCUAUAAAGAGGUGAGCAGGUGAACCACCCUCAGUUCCUUAUCUACUGCCUUGGCCUGAGACGGAACACUAGCGUGUCUGCCUAGAGCAUACUCAGCUCUCUUUCACUCUUUUUUCUAUCAAAGUGAGUUAGAGUUGUUGUUAGUGUUACAUCUAGUUAGUUAGUUUUAGGUGAUAGGACCAUUUCCCUCUUUUUUUUCCCCAGGACACUUGUGUUUUCCUAGCAGAAGCCUAAGGAUGAUGAACAAGCUCAGGCCGGAUAAGUUAUCCUCAUAGUACCUACCUGGCCGAGGCAAGCUUUGUACCCUUACCUACUUCAGCUGUGUCCAACUGCCAAUCAAGCUCCCGACAGUCCUCAUCUCCUGUCUCAGGAUCUGGGUCACACCUCACCCCAACCUGGCAGUUCUACACCCCAGAGUCUGGCUCCUGGAUGGUUCUCAGGAUUAAAGGUUUCCUGCUCUAUAGAAGUGCAGCUGGUGUUAUUAAACAGUAGAAAAAUGUCAACCCACACUACUUACCUGCAGAAAAGGAAGAGAUUCAUCCAUUGAUACAGUUGUCACUACUGCCUCAGGCCUGAAUUAGUUUCCCUUUCCCUCAUCCUAGAUUGGUUGCUGGAUCCGGAGACAUCUGGGUUAUCCAUCAGUUACGUCAAGGUACAGCCUUCCAUCCCCCUGUCAAAGGAUUCUCCAUUUUUGCUCACCGGGUGUCUUCCAAACUUAUUAAGGGUCUGGGUAAUCUCUUACCCCUACACUAGACAUCCCACCCCAUCUUGGGACCCCAACCUGAUUCUCAAUCACUUCACAAGACCUCCAUUUGAACCUGUUCCCUACUUCAUUUAUCUAUGAAGACAGCCUUCCUAGUUGCCAUCGUGUCAGCCCGUAGGGUCAGGGAGAUGGAGCCUUGAUGGCAGAUCCCCCCUUUACCAUGUCCUUUUGUGAUAAGGUCUCCUUACAUCCGCAUCCUAGGUUCCUAAUCAAGGUUACAUCGGAUUUUCAUCUUAACCAAUCUAUCCAUCUACCAGAAUUUUUUCCAAAGCCUCACAAUUUGGGAAUCUUCUUUCCAGACUCUGAACUUUAGAAGGCCCUUGGCCUUCUACCUUGAUAGGACUAAGCAGUUUAGGAGAUUACCUAGACUCUUCGUAGCCUUUGCAGACAGAUCUGAGAGGGCUUCCAUUUCUGCACAAAGACUUUCAAAAUGGAUAAUUUGUAGUAUCUACACCUGUUAUGACGUUGCAGGUGGUCAGCACCUCCAGGUCUGAGAGUGCAUUCAACCAGAUCGCAAGCAACAACUACUGCAUUUUUGAAGAAUGUCCCAGUAUCUAAGCUAUGUAGAGCAACUACCUGGUCUCCAAUCUAUAUAUUUUCAAAGUGUUCCACCCUGCUCCAUGCCCUUAGAUCCGAUGCAGUGUUUGGCUCUACAGUACAGUCUUCAGUUCUGGAUUCUGUUCUGAAACUCCUGCCCCCUUCAUUGGAUACUGCUCUGAAAUGGGGCACACAUAGGGAUGGGAUACGACUUGAAGAAGAAGGAAAUGUUACUCACCCUGAGCAGUAACUGGAGCUCUUCAAGAUAAUCCCUAUGGGUGCUCCACUACCCGCUGUCCUUCCCCUCUGCUUUGGUUGUUUCUUAGGGGAUGACUGAGCAGAGGAGGAACUGAAGGCGGGUUGCCAGAGCACCCCUAUGUAUCCUCGGUGUCUGCCACCAGGAGGCAUAGGGAACAUGCAUGGGCUGAAUGGGCACUGCCAGCUAGAAAUCUCCAAUCAAGGGCUCGAGAGGUGCAGGUGGCCCUGAAAUGGAGCACGCAUAGGGACACAUCUCGCAGAACUACAGUUACGGCCCAGGGUGAGUAACGUUUUCUUAGCCAUCAGUCUAAUAUUGGUUCAUAAACUGUUAGUACAACGAUGACCACUUAGAUUGUUCAGCAUACUCUCUUAUCAACAGUGGCCAAUUGAAAGUUGGCUAGGAAACCUAGUUUGUCAGUGGUCCACGCCCACCUAUCCUCCUUAAUAAAAUUAAACAUACAGGUAGGAAACCUAGAGCUGUUGGAUAGCUGUUACAUUCAAUCAUACGGCAUGAGUGAACAUGCAGGAAAGUAAUACUGCUCUGCAUUUGAAUGCAUCACAAAUUCAUGCAAAGGAACUUUUAAAAUCAUGAAUAUCUAUUUACAGCAACAAAAAAAAGUGGCAUAAACAGACACUACUUAUUGGUUUCAUUUUAGAUUUUUCUAGUUUCAAAAGGAUUGGGUUUUUUGCUGUUGUUUUUUGUUUGUUUGUUUGUUUGUUUUUUAAGUAGCAUCAGGGUUGCCAGCUUUCCCAGUACUGGAUGUUUUUCUCAAAGCCCCAGUGCCUGGAGUCAUAUGAAGAUCUCAGCUUUCAUUGAAAAACAAAGUUUCUAGUCCUCAUGGUUGUGGAGGAAAAAUGGAAAAUAUGAACCCCAAUGGCUCAAAAACCAGAAUGCAAACAAAAAGAAUCCAAAACUUAUUUCAAAAUGUCAUGCUUUUUGAAUGCUUGGGGUUGGUAAUGCUAUAGCAUUUUGGGAGGGGUUGGGGAAACACUGAUGGAAGGAAGGGCCUAUACAUAAUUUGGGAUAGUAGUUAGGAAACUAAAGUUGCAGUGAUGAGCUAUCGUAGCUGAGGGUAGCUUCACAAAUAUUUAAAGUGUGAGCAUACGUAUUGUAAUGCAAAUCUGCAGAAUUUCAACAAAUGUUAGUUUUCCAACAUGUUUUUAGAGGUACCCCCACUAUCUCUACUUCUGAAUGGUGGUGUCCUUUAAUGGAUGCCGCACGUCAGGCAUUCCAGGCUGCAGAUGUAGUUUGAGACAUGCAAAUACAGCAUUUGAAUGCCAGAAGAAUUUCCUAUUAAGGUAUUUACUUGUCAAUCCAAGAAAAAGAUCCUAAAACACCAGGAUGUGCCUCAAUAGAUUUAAAAGUCUGGUCUCCAUUAACAGUACAUUUACAAAUAGCUUAUAACAGGUUAGUACACAAUGACUGUUUUUGACAAAUAGUUUAUAACAAUCGGUAAGAAUUAAGGCCAACAGGACAAUGUGUUGCUUGUAAUCAUGGCCUAUAAACUUCUAACAGUCUCUACUGAUGUGCUUAUAACCUACUACAAUACAUGCCAUUAAUGUCUGUAACAUGCUUCUAACAUCUAAUAAUCAUUUAUUAACCCAUAUGUGGAAUCUUGCUACCAAGUGUGACUGAAAGUUUUUUCCAUUUAGUGAAAUACUGACUUGAAACAGCUCUGUUUUAAAAAAUUGUCAUUAUCUUAUGAGGAAUAGAUUUCUCCUUAAGAUGUCCAUAGAGCUUUCCCAAGAAUUUUGGAUGUUAUAUCUCUUUCUCCUGCCCUUUGGAUGUUUUGGCUAUUUGGAGUGUAAGCUCUUUGGGGCAAAGCCUGUCUCUUAAUGUGUGUAUAUACAGCACCUAGUGCAAUGGGGCCCUGCUCUCAGUGGAUCACCAGGUAUUACUGGAAUAAACAUAACUUGAUUAAUGCAUUUUUCUUUAGUGACAAGUACUGAAUAAAUGUUGAUGUGAUACUUGUAAGGUUUAAUAUUCUUAUCUUGACAUUUUGUCAUUACAUUCUUAAAUGCAAUGGACCUCUCGCACACUGUUUUUUGCAUUUGAUGACAUGUUGAUAGAAGUGUGUGUGUAUCCGUGGUCUCUGUAGAACAGUCUUUCUGUGCUUCCUUAAGUGUUAGCAAGAUUGGAACCUAUCAUGCACAUAAGUAUGCAUCUGAGUGCUUCAAUUUAUUUCAGUGGCACUACACGUGAGUAGGGUUACACACCUGCCCAAGUGCAUAACCCAUUCUGAUAGCGUGGCUAUCUGUCCACUUCCAGAGUCUGGAGCACAGCAUAGAUGUCAGAUCUGCUACUGUCUCUGAUGUAAUGCCACUGCUUCGUUAGCUCUAGCAGUAAGAGAGUCAUGGCUUUAGUCCAGCAGUCCCAGAUCCAAUCCCCACAGAUGGCCUCAGCAGGGCAUCAUUGGAAGUGUUUGCAGGAUCAGGGCCUUGGGUGUCCAAUCCAUUCACAUUUGCUUGAUUAAUUCACAUGCCAGGGGCACAGAGGGAAGCUCCUUGCAUAGACAAUCAGCUUCAGCCUCUCUGCCUGGCUCUUGGCUGCCCACAUCAUUCCAUGCAAAUGUGCACACACUCUGCACCACCCAGGAAGCAGCUUUCUUGUUUAGUAACAAUUCUCAUUUCCUUCCAUGAGUGCGAGAAUGGGUCAUCACCACUUCAGAGCUGUCAGUCAUGUGGAAGAGAUGAGGCGUAUGACUGGUGCGUGGGAGACGGAUGAACAGAACUUCAGACCAUCUAUGGGAAAAACUGGAGACAGCCUGAUACGGUCAAAACACUUAUAAAUAUCCAAUAUCCAUGACUCUUCAGGGAUCUUCGCCUUUCUUUGGGAUGAUAACAAGCCUCAUUAGAUCCUCUCCAGUAACCUAGAUACUGUCCAUUGGGGGAGACAGAGGUGAGACUGCCCUUGUACUGGGAGACAACUCAUUGCUUUUGCAUCACAUCACUUCAUUUCUCUCAGGGCUCACUGGCUUGACGACAAUGUGCGUAGGGAAGUGCACUCGGAUUCUGGGCCCAUGCCUCAUUGCCUUGGGUGUGCUUUCCAUUGCUGCCAACGUGCUCCUCCUCUUCCCCAGCUGGACGUGGAGCUAUGUGAAGGAGGGCCGCAUCACCAAACAGGCUAUGCAAGUGCCAGGAGUCUGGGGAGGAGGCAUAAUUGUUCUUCUGGCGGCAACUGAGAUCAUGGCUGUUGGGUGGCGCUGUGGCCGUUCCUCCGACUAUGGAACUUGCCGGAAUAUGUUCCUUUCCAUUGUAUUGUCGGGACUGGCGUUGCUGGGAUCUACUGCUUGCUUUAUCCUUUCGGGUGUGGGCUUGACAAAUGGACCCCUCUGUCUAUACAAUCAGACUGAAGUCCCGAAGUGGGAUUACCCUUUCGUAAACAUGGAAAACCAGGCCUUCCACACCAGGGCUCAGAAUUAUUUGUAUGACCCAUCACUCUGGAAUUCAGUCUGCAUCGAGCCCCCAAACAUUGUAGCCUGGAACAUCUACUUCUUCUCCAUUCUGCUGGUCAUCAGCGUGGUCGAAAUGGUCCUGGCUUCUCUUCAGAUCAUCAAUGGCUUCUUUGGAUGCCUCUGUGGCUUAUGUGAAGGCAAAUAGCUUCAGUGCACAUCAGAUUCCUGAGUUGCCUGGAUUUUGCUAUGCCGAGUAGAGGUGGCAUUUACAAAGGGGUGAUCAUCCCAGAGCUUUGAGCCUCCUGCAUCAGCUACACCUGUGCAAAUAUUAAACCGAUCAUGGUCUCCUGGGUAGCCAUAUUAGCUCAUCACUACAAGGAUAUUUAAUACACACUAGAAUCACUGCCACCAUUUUAUUCCUGGGUGGCAACUAGAGCUGGAUAUCAGACUUACACUUUUGUGUUAUGGAGCUACAAUGUAGUUUCUGUAUGAACACAUUGUACUGAAUUGAUGGGGCCAUUAUAUGAAUACCCUCUGAUUUCUACAGACGCAAACCCAGGAGGAAGCGGAAAUAAUCCAUGCUAGCUGUUUACCUUUGUCUGGGAAGGAUGUGAUGUUCCUUAGCACCAGAUUCAGGAAAUGCACAGACCCUUUGUCAAGGGAAGAACACUGUGCAAGCCUGGGACAUAGACAUGACAAAUUCUGCACGUGCAAGGGAUCACUUUGAAGAACAAAUGAAUCCUGAGUCGUCUGAUCUGGUUUUUCCCACCCUGCAGCAUCAGCACAGAAGAAACAAUACCUCUGGAUAGUGGCUUGAAACUGGCCUGUUUGAGGGUUGCUGAUUAACAGAGAGAUUAUGGAUGGACCAUGUGACCCUUACGCUGACAUUUUUGCUAAGGACAGAGAGAGGGAAGGGGGCAUCAGUUGGGACCAAUAACCUUUCUGACCUUUAUUCAUCAUAACAAAGCAAAAUAGCCACAAGCCCCAUUUUUUCUGUUUGCACAACCCAUAUGACUGUAGCUCAUGUAGCAAUAUUUAUAGUGACGUUAGUCCAAAAUGUGGUUUAUUUUUUCACUGUCUUUUAAUUUAUUAAUUUAUCUAUUACAUCUGCAUUUAGACAAACUGAGUUGGAGCCUUCUGGAUGCUUCCACUGGGUUUGAUCAUUAUUUGGCAUCUCUGAAGAGUGAGAAACCAGUUCCUGGGCUCUGGGUUAGGACCAACGUUCCCUCUAAUUUUUUCCAUCCAUGUGCGGAAUAAAUUUUGUUAUGUGCACCAAGGUAAUGUGUGGAUGUGUGCCACCAGUAGAAACAAAACACCUAGAUAUAAUUUUUUU